AUGGGUCAUCUUGGAACAGACCGACCUACCUUGAUUUCCUGCCCUCUAUCAGCUUAUUGGCCUCUCCCUGCAGCUGGUGUCAGUGGCAGCAUGGUCUUCUGUUUGGAAAACAAGAUGCCGCACCGCCUGCUGGGAAGCGCCAUGGUCCACUUCCAUGCCUCGGAAGUCCAGCAGCUGCUACACAACAAGUUCGUGGUCAUUUUGGGGGACUCCAUCCAAAGAGCUGUGUAUAAGGACCUGGUGCUUCUGCUCCAGAAAGACACACUGCUCACGGCUUCCCAGUUAAAAGCCAAGGGGGAGCUGAGCUUUGAACAGGAUCAGCUGGUGGCUGGGGGCCAGCUGGGAGAGCUGCACAACGGGACACAGUACCGAGAGGUCCGCCAGUUCUGCUCUGGUUCUGGCCACCACCUUGUGCGCUUCUACUUCCUCACCCGUGUUUACUCCGAGUACCUUGAGGACGUCUUGGAGGAGCUGUCAUAUGGACCUGCCCCUGACCUAGUGAUCAUCAACUCCUGCCUCUGGGAUCUCUCCAGAUAUGGCCGCUGCUCAAUGGAGAGCUACAGGGAGAACUUGGAACGAGUGUUUGUACGAAUGGACCAGGUUUUGCCAGACUCUUGUCUGCUGGUGUGGAACUUAGCAAUGCCUUUGGGGGAGCGUGUCACUGGGGGUUUCCUCCUGCCAGAGCUCCAGCCCCUUGCAGUCUCUCUGCGACAGGAUGUGGUUGAGGGGAACUUCUACAGUGCUACAUUAGCCGGGAACCACUGUUUUGACGUCUUAGAUCUCCACUUCCAUUUCCGGCAUGCUGUACGUCACCGUCAUCGAGAUGGUGUCCAUUGGGACCAGCAUGCACACCGCCACCUCUCACACUUACUUCUGACCCAUGUGGCUGAUGCCUGGGGUGUGGAGCUACCGAAACAUGACCGUCUCCCAGGUCUCCAGCCUCUCUUGGGUUCUAACUCCUAAGGCAGACCAUGAACCUUUAGAGCCUUCUGAGAGCCUGAGGUUGUUUUCAGAAGGAGAAAAUAGAUAAAGAAGGAGGAGAACAGCGUAGAGGAAAGUUAAGCCAGCAUAUGCUCUUGUCUGGGGUUCAGCCUCAACCUGACUGUGCAGACAGAUCUGAGACAGUGAACUGUGCUAUACAGUAGAUUCCGCCGUAUCAGCCUUUGGUGGUGCCUCUUCCUUGAAGGACAGGAAGAAGGAAAUAGAAGUUGGAGAACUGAAUCUCUCAGCCUGAAACGCAACACCCAUCUGCUGAAGGCUUUUAACUGCAGGCGGAAGCAAUCAUCCAUGGACUGGGAACUGCAAACAGUGGGAGUGGGCACACUGUUGGUAAAGGGGACCUCAGUGGGGAGUCAGCAACAUAUGGCAGUGGAUCUGGUGAAAAGUUCAACAAACCUGGAUUGUUCGUGUCAUGUUCAUUCAUGAAAACUGUUUGGCUUGGGGCUGGAGAAAGCUCGGCGGUUAAGAGUACCUUCCUACACUUCCAGAGGACUAGAGUUCAGUUCCCAGCACCCACAUCAGGUGGCUCACAACUGCCUGUAUUACAACUCCAGCUCCAGGUGAUCCAAUACCGUAAUCACAUGAGUAUAUGAUUUUUUUUUUAAACUUCAGAAUUGGUUAGCUCUUGCUGGGCUCUCUAAGGAGCCGGUUUCUAAGUCGUUGAGAUAUCCUGUUCAAUAUAAGCAUACACAAAAGUCUUAGAUCCCAUCCCAUUAAUAGUCUGCAUUAACAAUAUGAUCUUUGCUGGGGACUUGGACCAGAAAUUAGCUUUACCUUGGCUUCUAAAGGUUUGAACUCAACCAACAUGGGCAGUCAACUAUACCUGUGUGACUGAUCUUCCAAUAAAGUUUUGGACACCGAGGGUCCAGUGAAUUUCUCUCACUGACAGAACUUGGUAAACACUGUCAUAUACACAGCUGGGAGGAGUAAGUGCUGCCUACCUGAUUCCGUUUUCAGAUAAACAACCGGAAGCUCACUCCAAUGUACAUUGUUCUACUGUUGGUUUUAAUCUACCUGCAGCUUUCUUGGUCCUAAGCCAUGACCAUUAGUAUAACCACUCCUGGGAAUUCUGAUAAACCAUUGAGCAAGAGCAGCUCUGUCAUCUGAAGAUGGAUUCACCAAGACAGUGUUAAUUCAUUAAAUAUGAUGGAAUCAUUUGUACAGGGGUAACACACUGUAUUAAAUAUGUAAGGUCUUAUAUACGUGGGUUUGAUUACAAAAACUAAUAAAGUAUUCUCUAAAUUAAAAAAAAAAAGAAGAUAAACUACAGACUUACCUGAGUGCUAUCUAGUGGAGGAGACAUUUUCUCAACUGAGGUUCCCCUUGCAAGAUAUCUCUAGCCUUUGGUCAAGUUGGCCAAAACUCUGUACAGGACACCAACUAGUGAUUAACUGUAUAAUAAAGCUGCUAAGUCUUCCUGCACUCACUAGGAUUCCACCAGAUAUUCUUGAAUGAAUGAAAUGAAAAGCAUAUUGAAUGAAAGAAACCACAUUACUCAAUGAAAGCACAAAGACUUGAUGAAAAUUUGAUUAAGAGAGAUAUCUUAGCACAGAGUUAGGUUAGGAUCUUGACUCAUUGCCCGAACACACAGGUUGAGUCCUUCCUGUCCCUAUACCUUCCCUUCCAAAUAGUCUUAAUCUGAUAUAUUGCUUCACUUUACCUCUCUGCCUCAUUUCUCACCCAUAAAGUAGAUGUGAUAAUAAUAAUAAUAACUUUUAUUAUAUAUUAUAUUAAUAAGUUAUAUACCUUAACUCAAUAAAAAUAUUGAGCUAAACUAUAAUAAAAAAAAUAUGAUGGAAUCACGAGUUGAGGAAAGGGAUAGGAGGGAGAAAUUCCCCGAUGGCUACUUAGUCACCCACAGCUUGGAAAUGAAGCAACUCCAUGAUCGGUUAGAGGAAGUCAAAACUGUCAGCAGAAUUCAUUGAUGGCAGAGCUAAUCCUGGGAGAAUUGUUUAGGAACCUGUCCAGAAAGCAGGAUAAUAAACAAAACCCUCAAGAAACUAGAAAGGGUUCACAAAAAUAGAGGAAGAAUAUUUGAAAGUUAGUUUUAGAAACUUCAAAUAGAAAAAAAAUUUGCAAAACUUUUUUUUCCCUGGUGUAGUGAAGUGAACUUCACCAAGUCAUUCAAGGGAGUAGGGCUUCAAGCUCCCCACUUCUUCUUGGGGGCCUGGAAUGAAAACUCCCCAGCAGUCAAGGACCUCUCUCCCUUUCUUGUUCUUGUGGUUGGUGGUCCAAGGCUCCUUAAUCCUCGGAGGCUGGUAACCCCUAAGCUCCACCACCCUGCAGUUGUAGCUGAAUUCAUACCAAGAAACAAGCUUGACAAAGUUGUUAUUGAGAACGAUGCCAGCCCCAGCGUCAGGAGUGAUAGUGUUAAAGUCACAGGAAACAGCCUGCUUCUCCUCCUAUAGCCCCAAAUACCCUCGGAUGCCGGCUUUACUACCUUUUAAAAACAAUUUAAAUUUAUUUUCUGUGUAUGAGUGUUUUGCCCGCAUGUAUGACAGUGUCAUGGCAUGUCUGGUACCCGCAGAGAUCAGAAGAAAGAUUGGCAGCUUUUUUUUUUUUUUUGGUUCUUUUUUUUUUUUUUUCCGGAGCUGGGGACCGAACCCAGGGCCUUGGGCUUCCUAGGUAAGCGCUCUACCACUGAGCUAAAUCCCCAGCCCCUGAUUGGCAGCUUUCUUAAGGCAGCAGGUCAGAUCUACAACAGACACAUUGUGGGAAAGAACAUGGGAGGCCGUGCCAGUGAGCUUCCUGUUCAGCUCUCGCUUGCCCUUUUCCAUGACCUUGACAGUGCCAGUGGAUGCAGCAAUGAUGUUUUGGCAGUGCCACAACCAUCAUGCCUUUCCCAGCGAGGUUGUCCAUGAGUUUUUGGGUGGUGGUGAUGUCAUGCUGUGGUCCCCCUAUGAUGGAUACCACAGUUGUCAUGGAUGACCUUGGCUGGAGAGGGGGGAGGCUAGCAUUCGGAGGCACAGGAAGCAUUGCUGACAAUCUUGAUUGAGUAAGUGUGGUACUUCUUAUGGUUCACUCCAUCGCAAACAUGGGGGCAACAGGAGAAGGGGCAGAAUGAUCACUUUUGCCCCCACCCUUCAAGUAGACCCUGGCCUUCUCCAUCAUGGUGAAGAUGCCAGUUGACUCCACAGUAUACUUGGGACCAGCAUCGUCUCAUCUGGUGCUGACAGGAUCCUGUUCCUGGAAGCUAGAAACUGUCUUCCCAUUGAUGACAAAUUUCCUGUUCUCAGCCUUAAUUAUUCCAAGGAACUGGCCAUGGGUGGAAUCCUACUGAAACGUGCAGACCAUGUAGUUGAGGUCAUCGAGGCAACCUUACCAGAGUUAAAGCAGCCCUAGUGACCAGUGCCCAACAUGGCCAAACAGGGAGGAUCAGAGUGCCUAAAUCAUUUAAUAAAUCUUUUAAUAAACUGGAUGCGGUAAUCUGUGCACACUUGUACUCCCAGCAUUCUUUUGGCAGAGUCAGGAGGCUCAGAAGCCCAAGGUCAUCCCUGGUACAUAGAGAUCAGUCUAGGAGGGUGGUUUGAAAGAAAAUGGUUGCCAUAGGCCAUAUGGAGUGGCAUUAUUAGGAGAUGUGGCCUUGUUGGAAUAGGUUCUUCGUGGUAGGAGGUGUGCCACUAGGAGGCUGGUUUUGUUUUGGGGGUUUUUUGUUUUUUUUAAGAUUUAUUAUGUAUACAGCAUUCUGCCUGCAUGUAUACCUAUAUACCAGAAGAGGACACUAGGUGUCAUUACAAAUGGUUGUGAGCCACCAUGUGGGUGCUGGGAAUUGAAUUCAGGACCUCUAGAAGAACAGUCAAUGCUCUUAACCACUGAGCCAUCUUCCCAGCCCAGGAGGCUGGUUUUGAGGUCUCAGGUGCUCAAGCCACAGCCAGUGUAAGCAGCCUCUUCCUGAUGACUGAAGAUCCAGAUGUAGAAUUUUCACACAAUUUCUGCUGUGCACCGCCAUGCUUCCUGCCUGGUGACAAUGGACUAAACCUCUGAACUGUUAGCCAGCCCCGAUUAAAUGUUUUCCUUUGUAAGACUUGCCAUGUUCAUCUUGUCUCUGCACAGCAAUAAAAGCCUAACUAAGGCACUGGGCUAUAUAGAACUCAUAGAGUCCUACCAGAUCAUAGUGUAUGUGAAAUUAGAAUUACUGGUGCUUCCUACAUAGAAAAAGAUUACGUACAUAUAAUGAAAAAGAUGAAAUGGAAUCAGAAUUUUAUUUAUUCAUCAUAUUCUUUUUUUUUUCCAGAGCUGAGGACUGAACCCAGGGCCUUGCGCUUGCUGGGCAAGCGCUCUACCACUGAGCUAAAUCCCCAACCCCUAUUCGUCAGAUUCUUUAACGUUUCAUUUAGAGAGCGAGGUUUGCUGUCCUGCUCAUGCCAUCUUUGAGCUCUUCUUGACCCCACCCGUCCUACUAGGUUGUUCCCUGAAACAUACACUUGCCCUGUGAUAUCCAAAGAUCCUCCAUGUGACUCUUGGUGAUAGAAACCAGGCCCUGUAGGUGACCGAAUAUGAACUCGCUGUUGUGUCCCUGGAGUCAUGGUCUUUUGAUCUGCCUUUGUGUCUCCAAGUACCAAGUGGCCUGGACCAAAGGCUUAGCAGGACAUGUGUGUGAGGAGAUGAUGAGUAGUUCAGGGACUGAGAGGGGCAUACAAGAGCUCUGAGGAAGAGUCUGGAAGAAGGGAGUAGAGUUCAGUCUGAGAUGUACUGCUGUUGGUAUUUCUGUUGUCUCUCCUCUCUUUUAGAGCUUUCUGAGACUUGGCUGAGUGUGGGUUUUCUGCUGGAAGCCCAGAAGCCCUCAAUCUGUUCAGAUAGUGGCCUGCAAGUCAAGGAAGCAGGGUCUUGCCUGUGUGCAUUGGCCCCAUGUUCAGAAAGUCUGUGCUUUAAAAAUAUAUCCUGUUAGCUUUUAUUAUCAACUUGACACAUCAGAGAGGAAAACCUAACUGAGGAAACACAGAGAUGAGAUCAGCCUACGCAGGAUUGUCUUGAUUGCUAAUCAGUGUAUGAGGGCCUAGCCCACUGUGGGCAGCACCAUUCCCUAAACAGUGGUUCUGGCCUAUAUAAGAAUGCUAGCUAAGCAGGGCCCUAAUAGCUAACCAGCAGGGUUUCGUCUGUUUUCUGUCUCAAGUACCUGCUUGAGUUCUGCCUCAACUUCCCUGAAUGAACCUGUAAUCAGAAAUAAAUCCUUGCUUUCCCUAA